AUGGAAAAUAGAAAGGAAAUGGUGAUGCUCGCGGAGGAAGGUCAGCAUGGCACGGCUGUUGGCAAGAAUCGGUCUAAUCUGUCGGAAGCGAUCGGAAGCCCCGCACGGGAACCGCAGGGGAAACCGGUCCCCAGGAACUGUACGAGCCCUGGCGCUGCGUCCUACACGCGGGACAGAGCCGAGAUGGAGAUGGAGGAGAGCGUACGACGGAAUAUGUGCGCAGACAUGAGACCGGUCAACGUGUCUUCAUCCAGCGAGAGACACCGCAACGAUCGCCCCCACAGAGAAGCCAGCAGCUCAGAUACAGAGUCUGAUUUCUACGAGGAAAUCGACGUCAGCUGCACACCAGAAAGCAUGGACUACCCCACAUCGAAAGGUCGAAAUAUUAAUUCACCCAUCCUCCCGGGUGAAGGCAAUGCGGAUUCGGGGAAGAACGGGCCGAGUCAGGCGUCGCUGGCCUACGCAGCCGACCAGAUGAGGCGGUACCGGACCGCAUUCACCCGGGAGCAGAUCGGGCGGCUGGAGAAGGAGUUUUAUCGGGAGAAUUACGUCUCCAGACCCCGGAGAUGCGAACUGGCAGCUGCACUGAAUUUACCUGAAACCACAAUCAAGGUGUGGUUCCAGAACCGCAGGAUGAAGGACAAGCGCCAGAGGCUCGCCAUGACGUGGCCUCACCCCGCUGACCCCGCCUUCUACACCUACAUGAUGAGCCACGCCGCCGCCACAGGGAAUCUCCCCUACCCCUUCCCGUCCCACCUGCCCCUCCACUACUACUCCCACCUGGGGGUCGGGGCCGGCUCGGCCCCCUCCCCCGCCACGCCUUUCGCAAGCCCCCUGAGGUCCCUCGACAGUUUCCGGAUGUUGUCGCAUCCGUACCAGAGGCCCGAGCUGCUCUGCGCGUUCAGGCACCCCUCUUUGUAUCCCGGUCCUACCCACCACGGCCUCGGGCCCGGCGGAAGCCCCUGCUCCUGCCUCGCGUGCCAUUCUAGUCAGCCGGGAGGUCUCCCAUCCAGGCCACCCGGGUCGGACUUCGUUUGCUCCCCAACGAGCAGGACUGACGCUUUCCUCCCGUUCAGCCCAUCGGUUCUUAGUAAGUCCUCCUCAGUGACAUUAGACCAGAGAGAAGAGGUGCCCAUGACCAGAUAA